AUGCCCAAAAUCAGGACGACACGAACAAAGAGAGCCCCUGAGGGCUUUGAUGAAAUUGAGCCUACAUUGGAAGAGUUCGCCAGAAAGAUGAAAGAAGUUGAGAAUGAGUCUCAUGAAGGCAAACGUAUUGUGGAGAGUACAUGGCCAGUGUUUCGAAUUCAUCAUCAGAGAUCACGAUACAUUUAUGAUUUAUAUUACAAGAGAAAGAUCAUUUCUAGGGAUUUAUAUGAUUAUCUGCUGAAAAAUAAAUAUGCAGAUGGCAAUCUCAUUGCAAAAUGGAAAAAGCCUGGAUUCGAGAAGCUCUGCUGUCUUCGCUGUAUUCAACCCAAGGACACCAAUUUCGGUACAACAUGCAUUUGUCGAGUUCCCAAAGAAAAGCUAGAAGAUGGUAAAAUGGUUGAAUGUGUUCAUUGUGGAUGCAGAGGCUGCGCAAGUGGAGAUUAA